AUGGACCCGGUUACUGGACUUCCUCGCCGUUCAACUAUUUCCGGAAGCGACGCGCAACGUGAGGGUUUAGCUACUGAGACGCAGGAUUGGACCUUGGUAAAAGCUUGCGAUCUCAUAGAACAAAAUGUUAUUGUCAUCGAUGGCGAUACACCCAUAGAGGAAGCUUGUGAUAUUCUCAUACAAAAGGGUAUAUCAUCUGCGCCAGUCUAUGAUUCAGCAACCAAAACCUACGUGGGAAUGUUCGAUUGGGCAGACGUUAUGUCUUACUUAUUGAUCGUUCUUAGAAAGAAGAACAUAUUAGAGCAACAACAGAAGAGCGAUGAUGAAUUAACAUCAGAAUUCCGAGAUUUAUUAAAAUUGGCUACGGAAUGUCAACCUGUCCCUGUCAAAUUAGCCUCAGAUCUAUCCAAUAAAAAUCCUUUCCAAAGCAUACUUCCAGAAACACCGCUAUUAAAAGUUGUCGAAUUAUUUGGAAGCGGAACCCAUAGAGCAAAUGUAGCCGUCGUUAUUGAUGCGGAUGGUAAAAUGAAAGGGAUACUGACCCAGUCCAGAGUGGUCACAUUUUUAUAUCAAAAUGUGACUAAAUUUCCUCCGAUCGAGCAACUUUUUCCUAAAAGCAUUCAUGAUCUAGACAUAGGUAAAAUUUUCGUGAUCUCUGCUCAAGCCGAUUCUUUUGUCAUUGACGCGUUGACAAUGAUGAACGAAAAUAAAAUAAGUUCAAUUGCAAUUGUCGAUGACGAAGGAAGGUUACUUGGAAAUAUUAGCAUGACAGAUGUUAAAUAUAUUUUACGAAAUUAUAAUCAUUCUUUGAUGUGGAGGACUUGUCAGCAAUUUGUUAGCCAUGUGAGAAGCAGACAAGGAUUAGAAGAUGGACAGGAUAGAUAUCCCGUGUUUGAUGUUCGUUUAACUUCGACAUUAGGAUAUACUAUCGCUAAAUUGAUUGCAACGAAAUCACACCGUGUCUGGGUUGUAGAUGAACGAACACAUGCCAUUGGGGUUGUAAGCUUGACCGAUAUUCUUGCUGGUGCAAAUCCAACACCAAAAAGGCCUGGUAGCGCUUUACUUGUCUCUACAACUUAA